AAGAUGGUGGAAAUCUUCCAUACCUUUGUAGUUUUUUUGGAAGAAAAUCUUCCACUACUCUGGGGUGGCCUUCGACCGAAAUUUCCCUCCCUUCUUUUCAGUCCCUGUCGAGUACUCCGCUCGAAAGCCCCGCUCGGUUGCCACAACCGAGGCUGAGGGGAUCGUGGAAGAUCCUCCGCAAACCAUCCGAAACACGGUUUCCCAAAUACGUGUUAGCUGUGGCUUUUGUUGCUUUAGGGGUCAGCGCUAUUCUUUUGCCAAGUCUACGGGGGAUUAGGAAUCCCAUCAUGCAUCACAUGAAGACACUUUAUAAGAAUGAUGCUGCCUUGCAGUUUUACUGUGCAUGAGACACGUUGGUGGUGCCAUUCAGCAACAUAUGUUUGAUAACUUUGAUACGAAUUCGGAGCCUAGGCAUCAUUGGAGAUUGGCAGCGGUUUGCACAGAAACCCGGAAAACAGUUUUUGGGGUCCUUGUCAUCCGGCAUGGUGGAAGAAAGCUGGCUAUGGAUGUGGAAAAUAAUCCAAAGACCUUGACCGCGCACGGAAGCAUCCAUGGAAAGCAAGCCAAGGCCUUUCUUGACCGAGUCCAAAUCAAACGUGCGGAUAUCAUAGCUUUGGGCUUAGAAUAUUAUCCAUGGAUAUACCAGCAUCGCAGCAUCCAAAUCCUUCGAUUCUAGAUCGAUGUUCCAUUUUAGGUUGCCUUGGGCUUAAUCAAUCCAUGCAUCCUUGAGCACUCCAACCGCAAGGCAGGACUUGCGGGACCAGCAGCACAAGGCUGGCAUGGAUAGAAAAGAGUUGCCAUUUUCGCUUCUCUGUCUGGUUUCGCUGCUCUCUCCUAUCUUCCUCCUCUCAGCAUCCGACUCAGCAGCCGCACCAACCCCGCCACCGUCACUGCCACCAGGGCCUUCGCCGAAUCAAUCCGAAGCGGCAGCUCUCCUCAGAUGGAAAAAAAGCCUUAAGAGACCAUACCAUAACCUCACCUAUCUGAACACAUGGAUGCCACCAUCGAGUGCUGAUUCUUCUAGUCUUAGUUCCAGAAAAGUACCAUUAAGCCCAUGCAGUUGGGAGGGUUUAAGUUGCAACUCUGCUGGAAGUGUGACCAAGAUAGACCUUCGCGGCAUGGGACUGCGAGGAACACUUGAUGAAUUGAGCUUGCCAUCCUUUCCGAGCCUCGCUCAUCUUGAUCUCGGCGGCAACUUCUUGGAGGGCGUACUUCCAAGCCUGAGCUUCUCCUCUCUCACAAGCCUUGUUUACCUCGACCUCGGUGGUAACAGCUUCUACGGCACACUGGAUAACUUGAACUCCUUCUCUCCGGGCCUCGGUUAUCUUGACGUCAGUCGCAAUGGCCUGCAUGGGAGCUUUCCUUCAAAUAUCAGCGAGACUCUUCCCCAGCUAACGUACCUUGAUGUUUCUGGGAAUCAUCUUUCAGGUACGUUACCUCCCGAGAUCGGCAACUGGACUAAUCUCACUUCGCUUCGACUCAGCUCCAACAAUUUUUUUGGAGGAAUUCCUCCGGAGAUCGGCAAGCUUGCAAGCCUUGAGUCCCUGUCCUUGCGUGAUAACCAGCUGAAUGGCUCGAUCCCGGAAGAGAUUGGAGGCCUCGUGAAUCUGUCGGUGCUAGAACUGUCGAACAAUUUGUUGUCCGGAGUCAUCCCUCGUUCUAUUGGCACUUUGGGCAACUUGGAAGUUCUGUUGCUCCAUGGCAAUUCAAUCUCCGGUUCAAUUCCUCAGGAGAUUGGAGGCCUCGUGAAUCUGUUCGUGCUACAACUGUCGAACAAUCGGUUGUCCGGUUCGAUUCCUCAGGAAAUUGGAGGCCUCGUGAAUCUGUCCAUGCUACAACUGUCAAACAAUUUGUUGUCCGGUUCAAUUCCUCAGGAAAUUGGACAUUUAGGGAACCUGCGUAUUCUACAACUCGACAGUAAUUCCCUCAGUGGUUUCCUCCCAGAACCUGAAAUAGGAAACCUGACAAGUCUUGUUCACCUUAAUGCAUCCCAUAAUUCUCUCUGGGGUAACAUGCCAACAUCGUUGAGUAACCUGAGCAGUCUUUACAAUUUAAGCCUUGAUGGGAACAGACUCAGCGGUCCAAUCCCCCUAGAAAUUGGGAGGCUGUUUAGUGUGCGUCUCCUAAGUCUGUCGCAUAACUCUUUGAUAGGUCCCCUUCCUUCCUCACUCGGUAACUUUUCUCAGCUGGAGAGUUUAUACCUCGAUGGAAAUCAAAUUUCCGGUCCAAUCCCGCAAGAAAUUGGAGAAAUUCAACGUGUUUCCAUUUUAGAUCUGUCGAGUAACCGAUUGACCGGUCCAAUUCCUCGGUCUUUGAGUAAACUAGUCCUUCUCCAACGUCUUUGCCUCAAUAGAAAUAGACUUCAUGGGUCGAUCCCUCCGGAGCUAGGAGAGUUGAAGUCCCUUGUUAUCCUCCAGUUAUCCAUGAACAAUCUUAGCGGGCUCAUACCACCACAGCUGGGGAACUACUCGCAACUGCGGACACUGGACCUCAGCAAGAAUGAUUUGAGUGGGGAGAUACCUGAAAGCCUUCUGAACUCAAAAAACUUGUCGUGCUUGGACCUCUCCCGCAACAAGCUCACAGGUCUUGUCAACAUUACUCCCGACGUCAUGGACCACCUCAACGCCAUCAACCUAUCAUACAACCAUCUGAACGUAGCUCUUCCUUACGACGACGCAUUCUCAUGCGAGGAUUUCAUCGGGAACAUAGGUUUUGAAGAAGGGUGUCGAGCACCUCCGGGAACUUCUAGAGAAGGGCAAAGUCAGGCAGAGAGGUCGAAAGCUGCGAUCUUUGUUGUACUUCUUCUUUCGCUGUUGCUUCUGCUGUCCUUUCUGGCGAUCCUUCUGGUUAAGUUCCCGAAAGAUUCAUCAUCUCGUGGAGGAGUGGAAAGAAGGAGAGAGACACAGCUAGCGAGAAGGAACGAGGCAGAUCGGUUUUCGAUAUGGAAUUACGAUGGGAGGCUUGUGUUCGAAGACAUCAUCGAAGCAACGGAGAACUUUGAUGACAUAUACUGCAUCGGGGUGGGAGGAAAUGGAAGCGUCUAUGAAGCAGAGCUGCCCACAGGCCAAGUGGUGGCUGUCAAGAAAUUUCACUUAUCCGAGAGCGGAGAGCUGCUUGACGAGGCAAGCUCCAGGAAUGAGAUACGGACUUUAACUAGAAUUCGGCACCGCAACAUUGUGAAGCUUUAUGGGUUCUGUUUGCACGCUCGAUGCCAGUUCCUGGUCUACGAGUACAUGGAAAGGGGGAGUUUAGCCAGCCUCCUUGCAGAUGAUCGAACAGCUGUGGAAUUUGAUUGGGUUCGCAGGGUGAAUGCAAUAAAAGGCGUAGCAGAUGCCUUAUCUUACAUGCACCACGAUAUUGCUCCGGCGAUGGUACACAGAGACAUUUCGAGUAAAAACAUUCUGUUCGAUUCGGAGUUCAAAGCAUGCAUCUCUGACUUUGGCACGGCAAGAAUCUUGAAGCCGGAUUCUUCAAUUUGGACCGCACUUAUGGGAACAUGUGGAUAUAUUGCUCCAGACCUUGCUUACACAAUGAAGGUGACGGAGAAAUGUGACGUCUAUAGCUUUGGGGUGGUGGCACUAGAAGUGAUAAUGGGAGCACAUCCUGGAGGACUGAUCUUGUCUUUGUUCACACGCAUAGGCCGAAAUACACUGCUAAAAGAUGUGUUGGACCGACGUCUCCCAACGCCCAUCGGUGAGGUGGAGAAGGAGAUGGUCUCUGCAGCGAUGCUAGCACUUGCAUGUAUACAAGCCGAUCCAAAAUCAAGGCCGACCAUGAGGUGCGUAUCUCAAGAGUUAUCAGCAUGCAGGCUAUCUUUUCGAGAGCUUAAUGCAGUGACCUUGGGCGAGCUCAUGAAUCUUAGAUUGUAGUUUUCCAGAUAACAUGGUUGCAGGAAACUACAUGUUUUUUAUUUUUAUUUUUUUUUAUGGUAAAGAGAAGCAAGAUGCCACCCUGGAGGAAACUACAUAGAAAUAUGCAAACUAGUUCUCUAGUUAAACUGAUAAUAAUAGUCAGAGGUAUUGUAAAUAAUUGUUCUUCGGUGUAACAAACUGAUGGCUUGAUGUAUCAGACAGCAACAUGCAACA